GCCCAACUCUAACUUAUUUGAUCCCUAAACGGAGCCAGUGGUUUGGGUUACAAAAUAUCUGAUAUUAUUUUAAAGAUAAACCAUGAUAAUUGCCAGCCUUUCAAGGGUCCCUCUCCUCACUCUCUCCCUUUAAAUUUUGUUGAAAAACUAAAGCAGUGAAUUGUAAAGAGGAAUUGAAAGAUAGUGAAAGAUCUGAAGCCAUGAACGUAGAGGAGGAAGUUGAUCGACUCAAGGAGGAAAUUAAAAGGCUCGGCAAGCUCCAAGAUGAUGGUUCUUACAAGGUAACAUUUGGGGUGUUGUUCAAUGAUGAUAGAUGUGCUAACAUAUUCGAAGCACUGGUCGGGACGCUAAGAGCAGCAAAGAAGAGAAAAAUAGUGACUUAUGAUGGUGAAUUGUUGCUGCAAGGAGUUCAUGAUAAAGUUGAGAUCAUUCUCAAAGCCAUUCCAACAACAGAAGUUGCAACCACUGCAGCUGUGAAGACGGCCUGAGUAGUGAUGGAUCCAUAUGUAAUAUGAAAAAACAGUGCUGCAUCUUCAAUUUCUAUGUUUUAUAAUCAAUAUUGAGUAUCACAAUUUUCAUUUAGUUAUAUGUUUCUUAAA